AUGUUUGGGUUAGGUAAAUUAUUAUAUGUUGUUGUAUUAACUAUCAAUGGAAUAGCAGUAUUAAGUGAAGAUAGAUUUCUUAAUAGAAUAGGAUGGGGUUCAAAAGCUAAUAUUAAUAACCCGAAUAUGCAAUUUAAUCAAUUUAGUACUGGUGAUAUGAUGAUGAACUCUAACAAUAAUGAUGGAAGUAUAAAAGUAAAAUUAAUUAAUUUAAUAAGUGCAAUUAGAACUUUAAUGAGAAUUCCUUUAAUUGCAAUAAAUAUAUUAAUUAUAUUAUAUGAAUUAAUAUUAGGUUAA